UUGCGUGAGCGACCGCCAUAUUUAAGUUUAAUUCAUUUAUUUGGAGUUCUUUAGCUUUUCAAGCUUUAUUAAAUGAUAUUUAGAUAAAUGAUUUGGUUUAUAUAUUGAUAUUACAUAUUAUCGAUCGUUUUCUGUGAUUCUUGGUUUUGUUGAUUUUGUUCAACUCGUUCAUUUUAUGUAUUUUGUUUGAUUGGAAUCUGCGUAAAGUUCUGUUAUCGCAGGUCUACAACUACCAUUUACUUCUGUUUUAACAUCUUACAUGAAUAUCAUAAUAUUGACAUUACAGCACAGUUACAGCUCUUGAUGUAUCAGUUAUUUAGCACAUUUGAGCAGUCAGUAAUGCAGGAGAGUGUGGACACAUGUGGGUAUUUAUUCUGAUAUAUACUAAAGGCAUGGUGAAAUGUCAUCGUGUUUCUGUUAGUCAAUGUGUUAUUAUUCAGACAAAAUGGAAACGAAAGAUGUAGUUUUAUUAGAAGUAUGAAAUUUUAUCAACGGUCUUGGAAUAAGGGGAAGAUACGAGAGGGAGAGCUAUUAAUUGGCUUGCCCCCGGCCUUUCUACAGUACAAAUAUUUUGUAAGAAUGUAAUUUUGUAUCCCCGGGAGUCCAUAUUCAGAUGACACUAGGGAAUCGAUCCACAUAAAUGCAAAAUAAUCAAUUGGAAAUAUUGAAAAAGAUACAUACAAUGAAAGAAUUAAUCCUCCGCUAAGUUUUGCAUUAUCUUUUAUCAUUAAUGCAUUCCAAAUAUAGUCCCCAGAGCUUUAAUAUAACACACAGGUAAAUCAACAAUAUGUCCGCCAUUUUGGUUCUUGAUCCAUAAAGUGCACUGUAAUCUAAGGAACUCAGAAUAAAUUUAUGGGUUAACUAGCCUGUACAAAUUAAUCAAUAAAAUGGUCGAACAACAUGAACUUGCAGAAAAUAACAAAUUCAACUGUUAAACUGUUCUAACUACUAUAUAAUUUUUAUGCAUGUUUAAGCUACUCUCUAGCAGUGGGGGCACAGGAAUAUUGUCUCCCCUUCUCACAACACGAACUGAUGUACAAAACAUCAGAUGUACCCAGUGAUUUCAAGCCUGGCCAUUUUUCACACCAUCACACAUUUUUACAAAUAUUAUAGAUGUACUUCUGGCUAUUUCUUCUGGGCUAAACCUGUUGCAAACACAGAAAAGAUCAUCAUUAUUAAUUUCAGAAUCUGCACUGUCACUGGCAGAAUCAAGCGCAAGAUUUACAAAAUGUAUAUGAAACGGACCAGGUUGCGGAGAACAUGCAAACUUGCUUUAAAAGCCACUUAAACAAGAUGUUGAAAGUGAAAUUUGCCAGAUUGCCUCUACGGGGUUACCAUGUAUACAAGAAGACAUUAAAAGAGCAAGUUAAGCGUGGGGAAAAGUUACAGCUACAGAUUGAGACCACAAAAUUUCAGGGAACAAGUACCUUCCCUGUAGCUGCUGUCAGAUGUAAGGAUGGAAAUUCUGAAAAAAUAGGGACGAUACCGAAAGACUAUUCCUGGUGUUUCAAGGUGAUUUUAAGAGCAGGCUGGGAAAUUUUUGCCGAAGUUGCAAAUGAAAACCCUGUAUGGAGAGAUUGGGAAUAUGGAGAAGAGAUUAUAUGUGAUUUCUUUUUUUCUGGAGAAUAUGAAACAGAGAUACGGCAGGCUUUCCACAACCUACAGAAAGUCCUGAAGGAUCCGUGUUGGGGCUUUUUCAAUCCCAGAAUUUAUGUAGAAAUAGACAAUCCAGAGGAAUCUUUGAAAUGGGAAGAAUCUGAGAGUCUAAAGGUCGAUGGAGUUCAAGAUGCCAUACCAGAGGAACUGGAGAAUGAUCCACUAACAAGACAGUUGUAUGAAAAAGCAAUUAAGGAUGGAAAGGAGAAUGACCGGUCAAUUAGAGUUAUGGUUAUUGGAUGUUAUGGACAAGGAAAGACAUCACUAGUGAAAAAUUUGUUUCAGGAGUCAGUAGAUGGUAUUGCCAGUACUAAUGGUAUAGAUGUGAUCCAGUUUGAGGUCAAAGGAAACAAUUGGAACAGAAAUGAUACACAUACAGAUGCAGUUAGACGUCUUGUAUCAGUUGUACACUCGACUCCAAGCUCUGACAUGGAACAAGAUGAGGACGAUAAUGUUGGAAAUUCCGGUGAUUUUGAAGGUAAGACGGAUGAUGCAACAGAUGGAUAUAAAGCCAAGAACAACCAGAAAAGGAAAGGGCAUGAAGACAUGACGUCAGUAUUAAAUACAUAUGGAGACUGUCCAGAAAAUAAGAAAAGGAAAUCUCAAGGUACUAUCAGUCUAGAUGAUCGAGAAAAAACAAAGAAAGCUGCAGAAGAAUCUCCUAGUCAGUUGGUGAAUGAGACACAAAAACCAAUUUCCAAGAGUAGCUCAGGCAUGUUGAAAGAAUUCUCAUCUGCAAUGAAAAAAUCUUCUGAAAAGGACUUUGCUGAUAUCACUAUGACAGGUACUAUCUGGGAUUUUGGAGGGCAGUUCAUAUUCUAUUCCACCCAUCAGUUAUUCCAUUCAAGGCAAGCAAUAUACCUGCUUGUCUUUGACUUGUCAAAAGGACUGGAUGCUAGCAUCAAAGAUACUGACUUUCCAAACCAGAAAGAUGAGAAAACACAGAAAGAUUACAUAAAAUUUUGGAUAAAUUCAGUUCACUGUUUUGUUGGGUCUGAGAAUGGAGAAGAGCCACAGAUCAUACUUGUUGGCACUCAUGUAGAUAAAGUUGACCCUGAUCAAGACGUAGAUGAGUGUUUCGAUAGUAUCAGGAAACUUUUUGAAGACAGUAAGUUAUUUAAUCAUAUAUAUCCACAACACUUCGCCAUAUCGAACAUUGAACCUGAUUCUAAAGAAGUACUAAAACUGAAAAAUAUUAUCACAGAGUUGGGGAAAGAUAUGUCAGAAAAGAAGAGUCCAAUACCUGCUCGAUGGAUUCCAUUGGAAAAGUCGCUGAAGGAAAAACAGCAAAAAAUUACAACCUUUGAAAAUGUCUGGAGCGUUAACAAUGAGAAUGAAUUUCCAGUGAAGGAUAAAGACGAAAUAAAAUUAUUCUUACAAUUUCACCAUACAAGAGGAAGGUUCUGUUAUUUUGAUGAUGGCGAACUGUCGCAGCAUGUGGUCCUAAAUCCACAGUAUCUCAUUGAUGCAUUCAGAUGUAUAGUGACUUCAAAGAAAUUUUGCAGGGUUAAACGAAGCUUGAGGAAUUCCUGGAAUAGCCUUUGUGAAGAUGCUAUACUUCUGCCAGAUCUCAUUGAGGUGGUAUGGGGUAAGGAUUCUGAGGAACACUAUCUAGAGCACAAAGAGAUUUUACUGGCAUUUCUCAAACGGCAUGGAAUAAUAUCUGAAGUACAAAGAUACAGUGAAACAGAGAAUGAAUUAAGAACACCAGAACCACUUGGUUACUAUAUUGUUCCAAGUUUGCUCAAGACAAGGAGGUCAGCUCGACUUGUGUCAUGCUUUAUUGAUGAAAAGCAAAAGACAGAGGCGUCACUAGUGUAUAGAUUUGAGUAUGACAGUAUCGUUCAGACAAUCUAUCAAAGAGUAACAGCAGCAGCCCUUGCUAAAUGGCCGCCUAUUGAGUUUGAUAGACAAAAAUUAUUAUAUGAAAACUUGAGUGUAUUUGAACUUGUGCUGGAUCAUGCUGGAAUGAUCUUUUACAAUGAAGAUAAACUUGAACUAUUAGUUAUCAACUUAACUCCACCAGAAAACAUUUCAAAAGUGGUAUGCGAUUCAUUUCGCUGCUUUUUCGAAGCUGUUGUUUCAGUUGAAUUUCAAAAGCUUCGAGCAAGUGAUUCAAAUACAAAUGAGAGGAAAUUGUACACAAACUUGCUGCGGUGUUUUCACCGUACUCAUGGGAUGUAUGGCAGUAAUAAUUUGCAUGAUAUGAAGAGGGUCCAGCAAGGAGGCCGACCAAAGGUACGUUGUCCAGACAAUUUAACUCAUUGUCUGAAUGUUACAGAUGUUAUGAAUGAAUGGUUUAAUGAUGAAAUUGAUGCAGAAACUGUUCCAAAAAGAACAUUAUCAGAUAAAGAAUGUAGUACAUUGGCAACAGCAAUUGGAAAAGGAUGGGAACUUUUGGCAUAUCAGUUAGGGUUCAGUAAGGUUCAAGUAGAUCAUAUAAGAUCCGAUUUUACCAGGACAGCAAUCAGAGUCUUUGAAGUGCUUACAGACUGGUGUCAGGAACAUGGUGAGGAAGCCACUCUUGAUGUUUUGGUUGCAGCAAUACGUAAAAUUCCUAAGAAACAUUUAAAGGUUGAUAUGGAUAAACUUAAAAAAAUUAUUCAUGGAAUUGGUUAAGAAGUGAUUUAGGUUUAUGCCAGAUAUGAAACAACUGCAAGUUUAAAUUGGGAAGACACUGCUUGUAACUUGCAGACAUUGGUAAGGUGUUGGAGUUACAUUACAACUAAAAUAUAAAAUUGUUUAGUUUGUAUUUGACAUAGGAUAAGGUAUAGAGCAUUAUAUAGAAUUUUUCAUCUGCAAUAUCCAUUAUUGUCAGUUUUUAUUUUGAGAAAUUCUGAGACCUUAAAACUUAGUGUACACAUAUCUCCAGCUUUGCAGGAACCCUUGUUAUUGACCCCAGUCACAUUGUGUUUGUAAGAAAAGGAACUUUUCUACCCAUAUCCUAAAGAAUAGAUGUAGAAAAAAAUGACCUUUACUACCUUCUUAGGUAAAAUUUUAUUGUGCCAAACAUUAGCAUAGAGACUUUUUCAUAAAGUAAGUGUAUGGUUGGAUUGAGGUAGGGGUGAGAUGUUAAAGUUUUUGGCUCACCUGAGCAUAAGGGCUCAAGGUAAGCUAUUGUAACUGGUCAUUGUCCGGCGUUGUUCGUCAGCAUUUGCCUUGUUAACACUCUAGAGGCCACAGUUGUGACCCAACAAUUUAUGAAACUUGGUCAGAAUGUUUGUCUAGGUGAUUUCUAGGUCAAGUUCAAAACUGUUUAAUGUUGAUUCAAAAACUAGGUCAGUUGGCUAGAUCAAAGGAAAAUCUUGUUAACACUCUAGAAUACACAGUUUAAGUUUGAAAUUCAUGAGAAUUGGUCAGACUGUUUUUCUUGAUGACCUUUAGGUCGAGUUUGAAUCUGGGUAAUGUGAGAUCAAAAGCUAGGUCACCUGGUCAAACCAAAGGAAAAGCUUGUUAACACUCUAGAGGCCACAGUUGUGACUGCCUAAUAUUUAUGAAACUUGGACAAUGUUUGUCUUUAUAAUCUCUCUAAGUCAAGUUUGAAACUAGGCAAUGUGGGCUCAAAAACUAGGUCAGUAGGCUAGAUCAAGGGUGACCGGUCAAAUCAAAGGAAAAGCUUAUUAACAUGCUAGAGGCCAUGUUUAUGACCCUAUCUUCAUGAAACUUGGUCAGAGUGUUUAUCUUGCUGAUUUGUAGCUAGAGUUUGAAUCUGGGUCAUGUGGGGUCAAAAACUAGGUCACUAGGCCAGAUCAAAGUGAAAACUUGUUAACACUCUAGAGACCACAUUUAAAGUUUGAAACUCAUGCGAAUUGGUCGGAAUGUUUAUCUUGAUAAAAUCUAGGUCAAGUUUGAAGAUGGGUCAUCUGGGAUCAAAACCUAGGUCACCCGGUCAAGUCAAAGAACCAAAGCGCUGAUGGUGGCUGCUAAUCAAUGUGUAAAAUAUUACAGAAGAACUUUUUUUGUGGGGGGGGGUGCAAAAUAUUCAGCUUUGGUUCCAAAAUUAAUCCUUUUUUUCAUUGCCAAUCAUUGUUUACAUACACACAUUCUGUCUGUAACAAAUAGUUUUGAUCCUUUUUGAUCAUUUGUGACAAAAACAACAACUUAAUUUAUUUUACUGUAAAUAAAUAAUAUAAGCUUUUUCUACAAACCAUUCAGCUUUUAAGAUUUUCAUGAAAUUUUUGUUGAAGAAAACAGCACAAAACAUGCACCACAUAUGCACCUCAGAAUUUCAGUUCUGCAGCCAGUGUAUUUAAGGGGCGCAUUAAUUAUCACUCCAUCUGUUAUACUCAAAAGUCCAGCAGGGUUCGCAAAAAUGUUGGACAUUUAAGUCAGACAAACUUGCAACUUUAGUCAGAUCAUGAAAAAAAUCGAAAAUUAAAUUAUGUAACUUGCGAAACGAAACCGUUUUAAUUUUUAUACAUAUUUGUAUCAAUCCAGAUAUUUUGAGCCGCACCAUGAGAAAUCCAACAUAGUGCGUUUGUGACCAGCAUGGGUCCAGACCAGCCUGUGCAUCCGUGCAGUCUGGUCAGGAUCCAUGCUGUUCGCUUUCAAAGCCUGUUGCAACUAGAGAAACCGUUAACGAACAGCAUGGAUCCUGACCAGACUGUGCGGAUCCGCAGGUCCGUGCUGGUCACAAAUGCACUUAGUUGUUGGUUUACUCUUGGCGCAAUUGAAGUGAGCAGAAUCUAUCUUAAAACAAUUCAGUUUUUAAGUUGGUCAAAUCUGUUAUCCGAUGGCUUGAUACAGUCUCAAAAAGGCGAGUAUUAAUAUCAUCGCUGCGCCCGUUGAUAAUUCGUGUUUUGUUAGACGAAAUUGUACUGAAUACAUGUGUAUCUGUGCAUUAAUAUAGUAUCUUAUGUUGUACAUUUGCUGAAGGAAGAUUAUCUGUGAAGGAAUAUUAUUUAAAAAACAUACAUGUCUUUGAUUCUCAUGGCAGGUCACAUUGCAAACAAUAUUGAAUUAAUUUUAACUGAAUAUUCUUUUGUUUUGUUCACUCUCGUAUUGCAUAGCAUGUUUAAUUAUAUUUUGUUCUUAAUUAAUAUAACGAUGAACUGUA